ACGGGCCUUGGUUUGAUCGGCGACGCUUCUCUUCACUCACUGGCAAGCUGGUUCGAUUUCCCUCGUAUGUUGUGCUAUGGGAAUCAAAACUAACGGUGGUGUUUAAGUAUCAUAACCCAGUUAUGGAGUCGUUGCUUCGAGCUGAUCGCGUAGAAACCCUAAUUCCUGGAGCGGUGUGUAGUCACUCAGAACUGGCCCUUCCCUCAGUGAGCGUGACUGAAUUGGAUCUGGUGAGAGGUCUAUUGCAAGGUCUGUCUAGUCCCUUCCUUUUCUGGGACCAAACUGGACAAACUUUCCGCGCGAAAAGUCAUAUACGCGUCUCCCAUUUGUCUCACUCAAGCCUUCACGUCCUUCUCGCUGGAUUCUUGUAUGCCGCUACUUGUUUGAAGCUCGUGGAGUCUAUCGUUGCUGCCAUUAAUACCUCUCUCAGCUCUCCUCCUACCUUAAUGGCGUUCUCUGACUCUGUCUCCGCAUGGCUUGAGAGACUCAGAGAUAUUGCUUUGAAAGAGGAAGUGAUGAUCAACAAUUCUGAUAUUACUGUUACUCCAACCCUCUUGGGAUUGACAAGUUCUUUAUCUAGUCUUUGUUCAGGUGCUGAAUAUCUCUUACAAGUUGUACAUGCGGCGAUCCCUCAUUCGUUUUUUGAUUCAAGUUCAACUGUCUCCGCUGCUGAAAUUGCUUUCCAUGUUCUUGAUUACCUUUACAAGAAGCUGGAUGAAGUAUGCCUUGUACAAGGUGGUGAGGUGGAAGGAUUUCACAUGCUGUUGCAAAUGUUUGCUGGAAGUUUAUUGCCAUACAUAGAGGGUUUGGAUUCAUGCUUGUUUGAGGGAACACUUGAUGAUCCUUGUGAAGAGUUGUUUUUUACAGCCAACCAAUCGGUCUCCGUUAACGAUGCAGAGUUUUGGGAGAAAAGCUAUCAGUUGAUGAAGGUGCCCAACCCAAAAUCAAAUGUAACUUCCCUAAAUGAAAAGAAAGUAAUCAGUGGACAUGACGCCAACUCGUCUUUAGUUUCUGACAAAGACAAAGAGCAGAAUACUGGGGUGUUAUGUCCAUUGUUCAUUAAAGACAUCUGUAAGUCUAUUGUUUCUGCUGGAAAGUCACUGCAGCUGAUGCAGCAUAUUCCUUCCACGUCUUCAGAAAAUUCUGGAAAGACUCAGUUCCAUGGGCGAAAUGGUUUUGGGAAUUCUGGCUGUGGUAGACUCCUGGCUAAAAAGAGUAGCUUUAGUAGCACUGCAGACUUAUCCUUGUCUGAAGUCUUUUGUUUGACACUCGCCGGCUUUAUAGGCCAUGGGGAUCAUGUCUCUAGAUAUCUGUGGAAAGAUGAGGCGGACAAGUGGGAGAUUUCUCCAACUUUAGCAUCAUAUAUUAGUGGAGAGCUUGUGAAUGGCAUGGAUGAUAAAGAUCUUCCAGUUCUCACAUGCUCAGAGCGAAUGUGGUAUAAGUUGUUGGUUGAUGCUGUGCAAGAGAAAAGAGCUAUGGAGGCCAAAUCACAACUCCAGAAUGCAUGUUAUGCUACAGGUGUUAAGGAUGGAAAUAGUGGUCUCACUGCCCAAAAGGCUUUGCAGGGGUUGUUCUGUAAUGAAAACCUUGUUGUGUCAGUAUCUAAAAUGGAUCUUGAGAGGAAUAAAAAUGCUUGGAAUGUCUUGAACUUGUCACAAAACUAUUGUCUACCCUCUCUUAAUGAUGAGAGUCUGUUGAGUGCUGUUUUUGAAGAAUCUGGCGUGGCAGAUGCUGGAUUGAGUGGAACAAACUACAAAUUUGGUUUCCAGCUUGGUAGAUCUGAAUAUCUUUCUUCUCAGGAUGACACCAAAAUUCUAGAAACAUUAUUUCCCUUUCCUACUUUGCUUCCGUCAUUACAGCCGAAGCUCCAUCUGUCAGAAUUCUUACCUUUCCAAAAGAAUAGUACACUUCCUUCAAGAGUUCUCAGCUGGUUGCUAAAGGCAGAGCCAAUGGAUACUCGACUUCCCAUUGUAAUUAUGCAGGAAUGCUUCACAAUUUACAUCAGGAGGCAGGUGGACUACAUUGGCAAAGUUAUUUUGUCAAAACUAAUGAAUGACUGGAAAUUGAUGCAUGAACUUGCUGUAUUGCGUGCCAUUUACUUGCUAGGUUCAGGGGACCUGCUGCAACAUUUUCUGACUGUCAUUUUCGAUAGGCUGGGAAAGGGAGAGUCAUCAAAUGAUGAUUUUGAGUUGAACAUAAUACUUCAGGAAUCAAUUAGAAAUUCAGCUGAUGUCAUGCUGUUAAGCAGUCCUGAUUCAUUGGUGGUAUCUAUUUCCAGAGAAGACAGAGACAAAGAUGAUAAGGGUGACAUAGUACCCCUUUCUUCAACUCGUAAAAGUCGCGUUAACAGCUUUGGAAUAGAUUGUCUCGAGUCUCUUAAAUUCACAUACAAGGUGCCAUGGCCGCUUGAGCUUAUUGCCAAUAGUGAGGCCAUUAAGAAGUAUAACCAGGUGAUGGGAUUUUUGUUGAAGGUCAAGCGAGCAAAAUAUGUGCUUGAUAAAGCACGAAGGUGGAUGUGGAAGGGCAAAGGCUCUGCAACAAAAAUUCACAAGCACCACUGGUUACUGGAACAAAAGCUCCUCAACUUUGUGGAUGCUUUUCAUCAAUACGUAAUGGACAGGGUAUAUCACACUGCGUGGCGUGAACUGUGCGAAGCGAUGGUAAAAGCAGGGUCUCUGGAUGAGGUCAUAUAUGUACAUGAGACCUACUUGUUAUCGAUUCAGCGGCAAUGCUUUGUGGUUCAAGAAAAGCUGUGGGCAAUCAUCGCAAGUCGGAUCAACAUGAUUCUCGGUUUAGCUCUAGAAUUCUACUCAAUACAACAGACACUGAGCAGCGGUGGAGCAGUUUCAGCCAUCAAGGCUAGAUGUGAAAUGGAAAUAGACCGGAUCGAGAAACAAUUUGAGGACUGUAUUGCUUUCCUCCUCAGAGUAUUAUCUUCGAAGCUGAAUGUGGGACACUUGCCUCAUUUGGCUGAUUUGGUGACCAGAAUAAAUUACAAUUAUCACUACAUGUCAGACACUGGAAGCUUGAUGACCAGUGCUGGAGCAGAGACCAACUCAUCCAGACCCAAGACUGCCAAAUCUGAUGUAUGAAUGGACCGGGAAUUUAUCGGAAAUGUUGGAUCGUCGCAACUAUCACGCUUUAUUCUUCAAGUCUCAGGCUUGGCUUGAGGCUGGUGUCUACUGUUUAUAAGAUUCACUAUUUUGAAUUAGAUAUUUGUACAAAAAUGCUAUCAAGGUUUGUUAUUUGUACCAUGUUUAACCGGAAAUCAUCAAGUUUAAACUCUAA